GGUCAGUACCUGGCAACUGCCCCACGUAGGUUUCGAACUCGCAACCCAGAGGUGAAGGGCUAGUGAUAAAGUGUCGGGACACCUUAACCACUCGGCCACCGCGGCCCCACUCUAUAUAGCUACAGACAACUAAUUUGAAUCACGUGACUUACAUACUCCCGUCUAUUGCAGGAACAAAUGGGUUACGUCAUGGGCACUUCACGUCAUAAUUUAGUCACGUGUAUAUUCAUGGCAACGAAAAAUUAUCGCGCGGUGAAGUCACGCGAAGUUUUACUGGCGCCGAAUUCCAAGUUUUGGCAGAAUUAUCCAAAGGAGACGUACUACUUUAUCAGGUAUCCAAGUAAGGACAUGUCCAGAAGAAAACAGAAGCGUCUCGGGGACAAUCAGGACAUUCAGGAGUAUUUUCAUAAAAGAAGAUUUGUUCGUCCCGAACCUGACCCCGAUGUAUACAACUGGCCCAAGGAAUGGCUGCCUAAGCCCGCCACCCCAUUAGUCCCAGCCAAUACGUCAGCAUUGAGGAUUGACCCUCCGAAAUCCAAACCGCCGUACCACGUGUUUGAGAACACGUUCUACCUGCAGUCUCCGCCCAAGAUGAGAUCUGAAUUAGAACCCUGGAAGUUAGACUUCGACUACAAUCCAGAAAUAGAAAUGGCUAGAUUGAAGAAGAUCAAGAAAACAGAAAAAGAGUUACUAGAUAGGGUGUCAGGCCAUCGUAGGUCACACAUUGAGAAGAUGGCUAUCAAAAAGGAGGCCGAGGAAAUAGUCGACACGGAGGAAUACAGGGAAAGGACGGAAAUAUAUGCAGAAAGAAAGAAAAAAGACAUGGAGAUAAUGAGAAGAGUAUACAGAGAAAGGGACCUUGGUGAACCUCCACACACUUAUAACAUAGCUGAAAUGGCGAUGGACCUUAAACAUAAAGUUUAUUUCAAAUCAAUGAAGAAUUUACAUCCCGGAUAUACUCACACCAAAACUAACCAAUCGGACCAAGGGGAUAUGGAUUUCACAGUCCCAAAAGACGAUACCAUUAAUGAUAAUGCCAGAAAAACAACAAAUGCAAUUUUCAAGAAGAGCGAAUCUGCUCUGGAAAAUAAUUUGGGUGUUGAUGUCCAUGAAUCCGAGCCCGGACCAAGUGGCGGGAUGCAUUAUAUCUAUGAAGCUUACAAGGAAAAGAGAACAUGUACAAAUAACGACUCUUACAGUCAGCAUGGAAGAGGACCAAAUUGUAUGAUGAAGCAACCUCAUGCUGUCACCAGGGAUCAUGGCCAACAUAUUCCAUCGUGGUAUGGACACGAGAAACAUAGGAAACUUGAACAAUAUAAAAAGCAUAAAUAUGAAAAAUCAGCUGGUAGUAGCAGCUCAAAUGGCGCAAACCAGGAGAACGUAAGCUUGGAUGAUUCUAUAAACAGGUGUAAGGAAAAUGAACAUAAUAACGAAGAAUUAGGAAAAGAUGGUCAGUCACAGCCUCGUAUGACAUUGUGGUAUGGCCACAGUCAGGGAAGAGAAUAUGACGAAGCCGAGGCGAUCAGAACGAUGUUUGAUCAAAAUAAAACAUUCUCUGGUAAUCAUGAUGAGCAUGAUCAAUUCAACAAUGGCAAACAUCGGUAUGGACUGUUGUGUGGACGUGAUAAAAUGGCAACGGACGCAGAUGUACUGGAAGGAGUCAACAAACAAAAUCUGAAUGAAUUUCACGAAAGAAAGGAUGAAAUGGUAGACGACGAAGAAGCCGGGAUAACAUUCACCACAAUGGUGCCUUUCCUUUACCUUUCCACAGAGGAUCUCCCGCACAGGAUUCGAACCGAGACCUACACUUAUAAAAGGUCACCACACCAGAGUAUCGGCACUAAUAGCCAGGACCUCCAAAACUCUCGAUGCAUCAUCCUCUAGAAUUUUAUCACAGCAUUUAGAAAUAGAUUGUUUACAGAAAAAAUAUUGCUCUUAGUAACAAAUGGAAAUAUCCAGGAUUAAUAUAUAUAUAUUUAAUUAGACCUUGUUAUUUAUUUUCAGCGUCUAUUGGAAUUAAAGUUUUUUACACAUUGGUAAAUGAUAUUAUAGAUAUUGUGCAGUGUUUACCACUGACAAGUUUUAGUUUCAAGCUAAUAAUCAUCACGACUAUUUAUCACGACAAUGCCAUUACAUUACAUGGUUGAAACACACUGCUUACACUAAUACGAUACAUUAUAUAUCAUACGAAGUUUCAAAGAAUUCUUUAGCGAGACGUUAAUUGUGCACGUGAUGUCGAUAGUUCCGCUGAUCCAUCACCACUAGAUGUAGCCUAUUAACCUGGUACAUAUUCUAUUGUCGCCUUUGUUUCGAUGUAUCCGGCAAGACAGUACAGAGAAACCUCGCUAUGAAGACAACAUAGGGGUCUGAUUAAAAGUAGUCUUAAUAGUGGGGUGGUCUUAAUAUCGGGGUAAAGCUUUAAAUAAUGAACGGUCGUAUUUUCCAACGCUGUUGAAACUUACAGAACUAGACUUGAUAUUUCACUGCAGUAUUCCCGUUCGUUCAACCUUGAUUUCCCCCCAAUUGAUAAAUUUCGGUGAAGAAUGCGUUACAUUCAGCUCCCUCGUAUAUAAACAUUGAGAAACGAAGCCUAUACAGUGCCAAAUCAAAUAAGUAUGUGGUAUCAAAACUACAAUCAACACAAAGACCACUGAUCUCAUUUGAUAAUAUCCGUUUAUUGCAAAUGCCUCAGUAACAAUUAUGGCUAUCAUGCGUAGGUUCCAUGUCCCGUACGUACUCUAAAUAACCUUUUAUACAUACAACGUACAUACAGACACAUUUAAUGCCACUGAAUAAUACUUCAUCAUCACAAAAAAUAAAAUUUGAUUCCUUCAAACUACCCUAAGUUUGGAACUUUACAUGAGUAUAGUGUUGUUGGUUUUUCUUCAAAAACAUCUCAAUGACAAUUAUUUAAAGAACCGUAAUGGCAUCAAUAAAGUAACCAUAGAAACGGCAACACAUCAACGUGAACAAUGAUUACCAUUCAGUCUAACGGGCCACGCUGUCUAGUUUCAAUUAACCACGAAAGACAAAAAAAAAACAAGCAGGAAAUGUAAAGAGAAUCAUUAAUCUGUCCAACAUAUUGUUUAUGGUCGUUAUAAAUUAGUGAUUGACAGGCAAACACCACAUGGUAUUAAAGGGUAAUAUUAUGUUUGUCUAUGCCUUGUCAUUUAAUACGACUAUACAUACAAAAAAAAA